AUGAGCUCAAAAAUAAAGUGUAUAUUUACGGAUGUAGAUGGCACAUUAGCAAAUAAUUAUAAUAAACUCUCUAUUAGAAAUGAAAACGCAUUGUUGGCAGCAAAAAAGGCUGGUAUAAUUAUCGUUCCUGCUACAGGAAGAUCUAAUAUUGGAUUUCUAAAAUUACUUUCAAAAAAUAUAAGGGAAAUAGCUAAAUAUGAAGGUUUUCCAGGGAUAUAUUUUAAUGGGACAGUCUUAAUAGGUCCUAAAGGUCCAUAUGAUAUCUUAAAAUUAUGGACAAUUCCUGAUGAAUGUAUGUGUGAUUUAUGUGAUUUUCUGGAUUCUAUAAAAGAAGAGUGGCAUCAAGAUGAUGAAGGUUAUGAAGAAGCAAUGUCACGUGGAGAAAUAAAUAGGGGUAUUGCUUAUAGUGUUUAUUUAUCCAAUGAUUUUGUACAUAAAAUACGUGGAAGUUGUCUUAGGGCAGUUGAAGGAUUAAGUCAUGAAUUUUCUAGGAAAGUUGAUAGUGUAAUAGAAAUUAUAAGGAACAAUCCAAAUACAUCUCUAAAAUUUGUUAUAGGUGAAAGUAGAGUUACUAUGCAAAAAUUAAAGGAUUUAUUGGAGAAAUUUCUUGAAAAUAAACCUGCUAGAGUAUUAUUUUCACAUCCAGAUAUAUUAGAGAUUUUACCAGAGGGAUCUUCUAAAGGAACUGCAGCAAAAUAUCUACUUAAUGUACUUAAGAUUGAUCCUAGUGAAUGUAUGGCUAUAGGAGAUGCUGAAAAUGAUGUAGAAAUAUUAACAUAUGUAGGUACUUCAAUAGCAGUAUCUAAUGCUUGUUCUGAAGUAAAGAGUGUUGCAAAACACAUAGUAGCCUCUAAUAAUGAUGAUGGAUUUGCAGAAGCUGUUGAAAAAUUUUGUAACUUAACUAUUUAG